GUUGCGCCUGCGGUGUCAGACGCAGUGAGCGCCUCAGCGGUGUGUGUAUGUGUGUUUAUGUGUGUGUGCAGUUUCACCAAUACAUCAGUGAGCAGAGGUCAGGCUUUAGUUUUUCAUUCAGUCAACACCGUACACAGCAUCAUGUCGCUGCCCCGGCAGUUACGGGACGAGAGUGACUUUGACCAGCUCCCUCACAACAUCCCUGUCAGUGCCACCAUCGCUGAUAUCGAGGAGAAGAAAGGCUUCAUUGACUACUUUAGGUUUGUGAUUGAGGUGAAGACUAAAGGGGGCAGCAAGUAUCUGAUCUACAGGAGGUACCGCGAGUUCUUCAGCCUGAACCAGAACCUCGAGUCCAAAUAUGCUCCUGAGGACCCUGACAAACCCAGCCCCAACACCUGCAUCCUGCCUCCGCUUCCAGGAAAAGUCUACAUCGGCCACAAGCAGGAGAUUGCAGAGAGCAGAAUCCCUGAACUCAACACUUACAUGAAGAGGCUGCUGGGUCUGCCAACAUGGCUGCUGCUGGACGAGGCUCUCAGGAUGUUCUUCUACCAGACGGAUCAGGACAGCCAGCAGCAACCGCGAGCCCUCCGGCGCCUCCGCCCACCCACCCGCAAAGUGAAGACGGUCAAACCGAAGAUGGACCUGCUGUCCUCCCCCAGAGCCGAGGCGAUGUUUGACUUUCGCGGCAACAGCAAGCUGGAGUUGAGCCUGAAGAGGGGAGAGGUGAUCUUCCUGCUGCGACGAGUCAAUGCCGACUGGCUUGAGGGCACGGUAAACAACCAGACAGGUAUUUUCCCAGAAUCCUUUGUGAAGAUCAUUAAGCCCCUCCCAGAGAGUGACUCAGAUGGCGAGGGGGGCGGAGCCUCAGGGAGCAGCGCCUACAGCUGCCUGCGCUGCUACCUGCUCACCCCUUCAGGAGUCGACACCAGAGACGUGUGUGUGGAAGAGGACAUCACCAUCCAGCCGUCGCACAAGGACCUGCUGUCUCGCAUGAGAAAUGUCUUCAAGUUGGACGACAUCGCCCUGAACUACCGCGACCCCGAGGGCGACCUGAUCCGUAUCCUUGACGACGAGGAUGUCCAGCUGAUGAUCUGGGAGAGCAGAGGGCAGCAGGGCAAAGUCAAAAGGCCGGUCAAUCAGUUCCCGUGGGAGCUGCACGUGACCAUGACCUCUGACCUUUCUGUGUACAACACUGAGAUCUGAGAGACAGAGAGGAAGAGAGAUGCAGACAAGUGUGUGUGUGUGUGUGUGUGUGUGUGUGUGUGUGUGUGUGUGUGUGAGCAGACUAAAGAAGGAUAUCCAUUGUUCACAUAUGAGCACAAUGGACACAAGUGAUUAUUGUUACUUAUUACUACCAUAUAUAGUUUGUGUAGAUAUCAGACUUGUGUGUGUGUGUGUGUGUGUGUGUGUGUGUGUGUGUGUGUGUGUGCGCGCGCGUGUGCAUUCAAAUCUGUUCCAUUCAUAUCAAUUCAGGUCAUUUAUUCAAUAUAUUGUUCAGGACCAGUAGGCCACCAUUUCUCUUAGUAAUGUUUGCACGUGGUUAC